AUGGCUUUAGCUUCUCUUGUUCUAGUUCGUAGAAUGGAAGGCUUUUUCCGUGCACUAUUUUUUCUCACCAUUCUACUAUAUGUGAUCUCUACCGCCCGGUGCACCUCCACCGCCGCCACCGGGAUCAAAGAAGCUGCAUCCGACCGCGCCGCCCUCCUCUCCUUCAAGUCCCUCGUCGACGAUGAUCCGUUCGGAGCGCUCUCCUCGUGGAACGACGGCUCUCUCCACUACUGCAGGUGGCGCGCCGUCUCUUGCGGCCGCCGCCAUCCCGACCGUGUCACGGCCCUCGACCUCAAGUCUCUUCGCCUAGCCGGUUUCGUAUCACCCUCGGUAGCCAACCUCACAUUCCUCCAGAGGAUCGACCUGUCUGACAACAUGCUAGACGGGAGCAUCCCGGAGGAGCUAGGAAGCCUACGUCGGCUGCGAUAUCUCAACCUGAGUGUGAAUUCUCUUAGUGGAACAAUCCCGUCUUCUCUCGGUAAUUGCUCUAAUCUUCAACUACUCAACUUGAGAGGUAAUAAGCUCAGCAGCGAGAUCCCGCCAACUCUAUCGCGUCUUUCUGGUCUUAGAAGCCUUAUCCUGAGUCAAAACAUGUUACAAGGGACGAUCCCAGAUUCACUCGGGAAUCUUUCUUCUCUACUCUUUCUUUCUUUAGAUCAUAAUAGCCUGUCAGGACCCAUGCCUCCAUCCUUCGGUAGCCUUCUCUCCUUAGAGAUGCUUGAAAUCCAAUUCACUAAUCUCACAGGAACCAUUCCGCCCACUCUCACAAAUCUCUCCGCUCUGAACAUGCUUGCGCUACGAGGAAACAACCUUCAUGGUGAAAUUCCUCACUUUGCAGAACUUCCGUUCCUCUCUCGCCUGGACUGCUCUUUUAAUAAUCUCUCCGGGUCGAUCCCAACCUCGCUCGGACGACUUUCAUCUCUCGAAUAUCUCAUGCUCGGAAUGAACAACUUAACAGGAGAAAUGCCGUCAUCCCUUUACAAUCUAUCAUCCCUAAAGACCUUAGAACUCCCUUAUAACCAACUCGAGGGAACUCUACUCUCGGACAUCGGAAAUGCUCUUCCAAACCUUCAAGUCCUUCAUAUGUAUCAUAAUCAGCUCGAGGGGCGAAUUCCAGCAUCCUUGUCCAAUGCUUCGGAGCUCAAGGACCUUGAGCUAGCGUUCAAUGCAUUCCAUGGCACAAUACCGCCGAGCCUUGGUGCCUUGCAGAGUCUCUCGUGGCUCCAAUUGCAUGGUAAUCAACUCGAAGCCAGGAAGCCUAGCGAUUGGAGCUUCAUUACAGCACUGACCAACUGCACCAGUCUCCGAGUGUUGGAUCUAGGAGAUAAUCUACUUCAAGGCAUGAUGCCCAAAUCAAUAGUCAAUCUUUCCACUAGUCUUAAUCUUUUGUCUCUAGGUAACAACCAAAUAUCAGGAAUUAUACCUAUUGAGAUUGAGAAGCGAAAUUCAUCCGACCUUGGGCAACCUAACACUAAUCGACAAGCUCUAUCUCGAGAACAAUGA